AUGAGUGAGAACUUGAAACGGGCCGAGUCACUAUUCAACCGCAUCAUGAACCAGAACGGCGGCGGCGCCGCCACCACCAGCGGCGCCAGCGCGCCUCCCGCCGCCGCCGCUAAGCCGCCGCCGGUGGAGCUCCCCAAGCGAGACCCCGCCAAGAUCGCCCACGACACCCUAGCGAGAAUACCGCCGGCGCACCACGUGCUACCGUUCUGCUGGACGGUGUGGUUCCACCUGCGCACGCGCAAGAAGGACGACUCGGGCCAGCCCGCCGUCGACCUGUAUCUCCAGCGGACGGAGGAGAUCCUGUUCCCCGUGGUCAAGGGCGAGGGCGCCGGCGCGCUGGUCGUCAUCGGCCUGGUGGAGCAGAUGUGGAUGGCGAUGGCGUGCUUGAAGCGCGGGCACGACUUGGUGAUCGGCACCGAGCUCCUCGUGUUCAAAGCGGGGAUCGCCCCCGUGUGGGAGGACCCCGUCAACACCAAGGGCGGCCGGUGGGUGUUCCGCUUCAACCGCCGCAGCCAGAGCGGCGGCGACUCCCCCGACGGCGACGCCAGCCUCUCGGCGCACCAGCUCGCGAUCCGCCGCCGCACCAACUUGAUCUGGGAGCGCCUCCUCUUGCGCACGCUCACGGGGCUGCUCAUCCCCGACACCGUCGACGCCGACGUCGCCGAAGCCCUUUUAAGCGACAUCUGCGGCGUGGUGCUCUCGGUGCGCAAGGACGACGACAUCAUUUCCGUGUGGAACCUGAACCUCAACUUCAAAAAGAAGGACAAGUUGCUGCUGUUCCAAGGGCGCCGCAUGAUCUGCGACGCCAUCCUUCGCGUGAUCCGCGAGUGCGACUUGAUCGCCCAGGGGCUGGACUGUGUCGACACCGUCGACCUGGGGCUGAACGAGCGCGUGUUCGGGGUGCUGUUCGAGUACCGGUUGCACGCCGACAACCCCCACGACGCCCCGACAAACAAGUACCGCCGAUAUCACCACCAGAACCAUACAUAG